GGCCGUGGUAAAGUAAUUGGUUUUAAACGCAAUACUAGCUAACUAUCUUCAAAAGUACACUCUAUGGCAUUGCUCAGGAACUGUAUCACGUUGCAGCCGAUCUCCUCGACGUCAUCCAUCCCAGCCCGAUUGCGCUGCUCUGCAGUCACUCACUUUCCGCGGCUCCCGAAGGCUUCAUAGUCAUCCAUCUGUCUCUGUCUGUGUCUGCUUGUGCUUGUGCAUGCGUCUGCCCGUGUCCCAAUUGCUGUCCAAUUGUGCAUCAGUCCUUCUUCCUAUUCUCUACAUUCACCGGUCUGUCUGGAUAGCGAGGUUAGUGAAGUCCGUGAGGUUGACAGAGACAAUAUAUCAAAAUGCCUGCCCUCCCAAUCGAAGACAUCUCCGCAUCCUCCGAAAUCCUCCACAGCGUCGUCAAGCGCGGCAAUUGGGCCAGCAAAAACCCCGGUCCCAUCCUGGUCUUCUGUAUCGUAUUCAUCGUCGGCAUGGGUAUCGCGCUUCUCGUUGUUUAUCGAUUCAUAAUGGCUAAAAAGGCGGCCAGGCAGGCGUAUGAGGUGGAGUAAUUGCGUGCCGGUAUUGAAAAGGGAUUGAUAUGAUUACGAGCGUUUUGGAAAAGGAGUUAAUAUAGUAUGGGAUGUUUAUUUUACCUUAAUGUGUUAUUGUUUUGCGUCGUUUGGACGGCUUACGAGGACGAAUGCAAUACCCACUCCUGUUCUUUGGUUUCGGACAGCAGGGAGUGUGAUGACGAUGUUGGCUGAAGCUCUAUCGAGUUAAUUCAUAUAUAAUAACACUGGGGACAUCAAUUGGCGCACU